CAAAACCAGAUCGUGAAAAUCAAUCCUUUGGUAGGGCGAAUCUCCUUCCAAGGGCUCACAGUUGAUAUAUCUAACGCGAUGUGUUCCAGUUGCUGGCACUGAAAUAUCCAAUCUUGUUCUUAAGAACCCCAGAAUUAUUUUAUUCUCUCCAUUUCCAUCGACUGCGCGUGUUCACCGAAGAAGUGCGUUGCGCGGGCCUUCUCGGCUGCCGUGCAUCCCUAGCCAGGCGAAAGCAACCCUUUCGUUCAUUCACAAAAUUCGGUAGAAGAAGUUUUACCUCGAAUUUCCUAAAAGGAGAGAAGCGUGCAUCGAGCAUAUCUUCCUCAAUUUUUUCUCGGUCCCCCUGUGCAUGUCUCUUGUCUGUCUCCUCCUCCAACGCGCUCUCCCCUGCGUCGGGACUCAGCCGAGGGCGGCCGCCUCGAAUUGUAGUCACUGGGGGGGCGAUUAUUCGGGUCUAUAAUUUGAUCUACUUGAUCAAUAUAGGUCGCGCUACUCCAUCAGCACGUCCAUCAUACAACCACUUCGUUUUCUCAUCAGAGACAGGAGGCGUUUGUGUGCCUUUCCAUGUUUCCUCGUCGGAAGCGUUGAUCUCUGUUAGCUCUUCGCUCUCUCUCGUGUCUCAGCGCCAACAGAUUUCAUCCUCCUGUCUCCGCCGUAGUGCCACAUUUCGGCUGCGCCGUCGUCUGGUGAGGACGUGAGUUGAAAUCCGUUUGUCGUGAUCACAAACUCGCUUCCCUGUCUCUCUUCUCGUUUCUCCACGGCCUCUCCCUUUCUACGUUCUUCCUUCUGUCGCGUUCACUUGCCACCGCGCCUCCCUGCUCUGCCGUUUCUCCUCUUUCCUCCAUCGCGCCGCAGGAGAAUGUCGCCUGAGCUGGGGAGAGAGCACGGGAACGGAGACACGGCGGAGGUGUCUCCUGUCUCCGUUUCGGGCUCCGAAGGUGCGGCGGAGCCCGACAACGCGCGGAAGGAAUCGCAGCGAUCGGCUCCGGAGGCGGGAAGCCAAGAGGAGGACGACAGAGAAGAAGGUGAAGUUCGCAGCAGCGGCUCUUCAGACGUCGACAACGGCGACAGGGCGGCAGAAGCGCGCGGUGGAGAACAAGAGAACGAGGCCACCCGAGGACGGAAGCGGGUGUUGCCUGCAGCCGGAAAAGAGCCACCCUCUGUGCGGAGAGCUGUCGCGGUCUCUGCCCUGCCGGCGCCUCGCUUCUCGUCCAGACUGCCUCCUUGUCGCCCCACCGCGCCGUCGUCCUCCAAGAAGUUCCCCGAUGGCCACGGAGACAUCGAAGGCGGCGCUCACAGCGGGGCGUCUCAUAGGAAGCAGGACGAAGCGAGUGUCGUCGCCGCCGUGUCGUCGCCUCCGCUAGCUUGCGGAGUCACAUCCGCACUGCCGAAACGCACCUUUUCUUCCUCAACUCUCGAUCUGCAGCCGUCGGCAGGCCUUGCGCGUUCGCCGGUUUCUGCGUUGUCUGCGGCGAAGCAGGAGGCUUCGAUCUGCCCGCGCUCCUCCAGAUACUCCAGAGAGGAGGAGACCAGGGUCGGGGGUCGACAUGUGAGGGACGGGGACAGACGGACGCGAGAGGACGAUCGCAGGCGAACAGACGAUGAUAGCAGAGACGGAAGAGACGACCGACGGACGCGAGAGGACGACCGCAGGCGAACAGACGAUGAUAGCAGAGACGGAAGAGACGACCGACGGACGCGAGAGGACGACCGCAGGCGAACAGACGAUGAUAGCAGAGACGGAAGAGACGACCGACGGACGCGAGAGGACGACCGCAGGCGAACAGACGAUGAUAGCAGAAACGGAAGAGACGACAGACGGACGCGAGAGGACGACCGCAGGCAUCGCGACGAGGCCCGGACGGAGGGGAGAGAAGACAGACGGGGGCGGGAAAACGACCGAAGAGGAAGGGAAGAAGAUCGAGUUCGAAGCGACGGAAAAGACGAAGACAGAGAGGGAAGCGGAGGACGAGAAAGAGACAGCCGGAGUGGCAGAGACGCUGUAGGCACCAAAAGAGGAGACAGCGCGCGACAGACUAAAGAAGACGGAGAGGACGAACAGGACAAAUCCCGACCGGCGUCCUGGACCAGCGUUUUGAGGGCUCCUGAACGCAAUAGUAUUCGCUCUCUCGAGGACGUUUUGACGAAGCAGAAAACAGAGGAACAACCCACGCGCAUCAUGUUUUUGACGAAGAAACAGAGAGAGCAGCAACGAGCCGCGGAUGAACGGCGUCAAAUGGAAAUGGAGAAGAAGAAGGAACGGCAGCUGCUGCAAAACCGAAAGAAUUUCCUGAUGCAACAAGAAAUCGAGAAAGAGCGGGAGAUGAAGGAGAAGCUGAAGCAGCGCGAGAUGGAGAAAAUCAAGGAAGAACAAGAGAGGCGCCUACGAGCGGUGAGAGGACACGCCGGUACCUCGUCUCGUAGCAAGGCAGAAGAAGAACGCGAGGCGAAGCGCGAAGCAGAAGGCAAGAAAGGCGGUUCUUCUGGGCGUGCGCGCGAAAGCAGCUUGGCUGAUCUGCGACUUCUCAAUCUCCCCGAGCAAGAGUUACGAGCGAGGCAACAGGAGCGAGAGCUCGAACAAAUUCGAAAUCAUUACCUCGGGAUGCGGACGGAGAAGAAGAAGAUCCAGAAACCGUCGGAAAAGUUCAGGAACAUUUUUAACUUCGAGUGGAAUGACGCAGAAGACACAUGCAAAGGCGACAACAACCCGCUGUACCAGGAGAGAAUGGAGCCACAGCUGCUCUUUGGACGCGGGUUUCGAGCGGGCAUGGAUAUCCGAGAGCAGCGCAAACAAAACAAUUUCUACGACGAACUCGUGAAACGGCGGCAAGAACACCAGAAGGCUGAAGCAUCUCGUGGAGCUGCUGAAGCCGCUGCAGCUGCCACGGAGGCCGUGAGGGCAGCGAGAGAUGCGCAGGCCUCGCGCCUGCGUGAGAAGGAAGAUGCAGAGGACAAUCGCGGCCACUGGACGACGAAGAAGCGGGAGGAAAUGAACGAGAGAGACUGGAGAAUUUUCAGAGAAGACUUCGAGAUUUACAUCAAGGGAGGACGCGUGCCUCCACCUAUUCGGACUUGGGCAGAGAGCGCACUGCCGUGGGAGUUGAUUGAGGCUGUGAAGCAUGCAAACUACGACCGACCUACACCGAUUCAAAUGCAGGCGAUCCCCAUCGCUCUCGAGCAGCGAGACCUGAUUGGCAUUGCAGAAACUGGAUCCGGAAAGACAGCGGCGUUCGUGCUACCCAUGCUGACGUAUGUGAAGGGCCUGCCGCCGCUGAAUGAAGACACUGGGCAAGAUGGACCCUACGCACUCAUUUUGGCGCCUUCCAGAGAACUGGCCCUUCAGAUUGACGAAGAGACGCAGAAGUUCGCCUCCUUCUGCAAGUGCCAGACCGUUGCUGUCGUCGGAGGCCGCAGCGCCGAAACACAGGCCUUCCAACUACGCAGAGGUGCUGAGAUUGUCAUCGGAACCCCUGGGCGUGUCAAGGACUGCCUCGAGAAGGCGUACACCGUUCUUAAUCAAUGCAACUAUGUUGUCCUUGACGAAGCAGAUCGAAUGAUUGAUAUGGGUUUUGAGGAGAUCGUGAAUUUCAUUUUAGAUCAAAUUCCGACUUCCAAUUUGAAGAGCAACGACGAAGCCCUCAUCCUUCAACAAGAGAUGCAAGCGAAGGCAGGCCACCGGCUGUACCGCCUCACGCAAAUGUUCAGCGCGACGAUGCCUCCGGCUGUGGAGCGACUGGCACGCAAGUAUCUGAGGCAGCCUUCGUAUAUCUCCAUUGGCGAUCCCGGUGCUGGCAAGCGAGCAAUCGAGCAGCGCGUGGAGUUUGUCCCUGAGGCGCGUAAGAAGCAACGCCUUCAGGACGUGCUCGAAAACGCUACACCUCCAGUCAUGGUUUUCGUCAAUCAGAAGAAAUCUGCAGACGCACUGGCCAAGGUCCUCGGCAAGUUGGGAUACAGUGCAUGCUCGCUUCACGGAGGAAAGGCGCAAGAAAAUCGCGAGGCUGCUCUUUCGUCUUUCAAGGAAGGAAGUCACGAUGUUCUCGUAGCGACAGACGUUGCUGGGCGAGGUAUUGACGUUGAGGGGGUGCAACUUGUGGUAAACUUCGAUAUGCCUAAAGAUAUCGAAGCGUACACCCAUCGAAUCGGUCGUACGGGUCGUGCGGGACGGAAGGGUCUCGCGAUCUCGUUCCUUACCGAAGAGGAUAGUGGGAUUUUCUAUGACCUCAAGCAGCUGCUUGUUUCGACAAACAACAUUGUGCCUCUUGAGCUUGCCCAUCAUCCGGCAGCCAAGGCGAAAGGUGGCGACAAAAAUUUGAUCAAGCCGAUUUGGUUCAAUUGACGGCGCCUUCAGGUGGAAUAGAAAGAGAGCGGCACUCUCAGAACAGGUAGACACUGAGCAAGCUGAAACGGAAAACGGCUCUGUUCAUUCAUGGUCGGUGCCAGAAGAGAAAAGAAGGCAAAAACAAGGAAGGGAGGGACUGACGACAGGGUGGUUCUCCUGGCGGAAUGGCUUUCCCUGAACUCUCGUGAUACUUGUGCUUUUCCUCUCAACACGGCUUUUUGUCUUCCUUAAAACAUGCAGUCUGCCUACGAACAGCUGUUUUUCUAUGAGCGGUGAAUUUAUUCGUGUAACAGUACGCUUUGUGCCGUCUGUGUCUCAGUAGUGGUUCACUGGGAAGCACGAACCCGGAGCCGGUUAUGUGUAGAAAAGUUUUCGUCUCAAACCGCAUUCUUACCGUUAUCCUUAUAGCACGCAAUAUUUGUGGCCUUAGCAACCUUUCCUAGCUUUUUUUGAUAUAGGUGAAGAACUGACAGUCGCUAACACAGCAGGCGUUCUCGAUUCUUUUGGCUUCCUCUCUAUAUAUUCAUAUAACCACCUAGUUUUGUCACACAGCCACUUCUUGCAAAGAGGCACAAGCGUCUGCAGCCGCCUCGCGUUUUCAUUUUUACGGACGACGGUUCGGUCUCUUCUCAGGGACAUCAGUAGUUCCAUGUACAAUUUGCCUUUCG